CUGACCGCAGGUACCCAGGUAGCCAAAACUUGGACCAAAAGGACCUCCUGGGUAUCACAGUCUUGGAAUGGGGAGAGGACGGAAAGCCAGCAUGUGGCUUUGAUAAACGUUUGCCCAAUUGGAUCGCAUUCAAGUUGACGGGCACGUGCGCUCACCCUUUCAGCCUCGGGAUUUGCUCCAGAGACUCAGGCCUCCCUUGGCCUUGGGCCCCUCCUGUCCACCUGCCCUGUCCUGUCUCAGCCCAGCCCUGCCGCCCUCCACUCUCAACGGCCCCUGGUCUCCUGAGUCUUCUGUUUUCCUGCAGGAGCCCCACGGCCACUGUCAACAUCUGUGGGGAUACAGCCGAGGAAUGCCUAAUGAGGGCUCAGCGUGGCCCCGCCAUGGAGCACGGGCUGGGACAGAUGGUCCAUCAUUACCCAUUUUUAUUCAUUACAAGCUCCGCGUGCCGCGACUGGCCAGCCAGACCCAGGCUCCUUGGAGGUGCCGCGGGCCCAGCUAUUCUGGAAGGAAGAAACGGCCCUUCAUUUAGAUCAACGUGCCUCCCGGCCUCCUUUGAGCCACAGACGUUUCCGGCUCGCGCGGUCCCUGGGGUGCUGGGCCGGGCGUGGAGCAGGAGAGCAGCUGCCACCUGCCUGAGGGGACUGGGAGAGGGGCCGGCACAGGACAGGAACAGGGGGCCCCUGGAGACCCCGGCCGGGGGCUCGGGCGGGCAACGAGGCUCCAGGACCCCCAGGAGCCAGCCCCGGGCUGAGGCCGCCCGGAAGCCCCUCCUGAGCCCUCCCCCUGCUGGCCUCCAGCCUGCGGGGCAUAACCUGCCUCAGAAGGAGCCUGUCCUCCAUCUCUGCCCUGCUGGCCUCGUAAGGGCCUUGGGGCCCGCAGACCCCUGGUGCCGGGGAAGCUUGUUCUCUGGGUGUUGGUCUGGUUGGAGCUCCACCGCCAUCUGCAGACGCUCCAGACCCCAGCCUGAUCCCUCCCGGGGGCUCCCUGAGCCUCUGGGGUCCCAUAGCCUUGGGUCCCAGCCCAGCAUUGCCUCUGACUUGCAGGGAUGCAGGGUAAACCCCCCCAUCCCUGGACUUAGCCCCAACUGCAAGAUGGGGCACGUCCUCCUUGAAUGCCGAGUGGUGGGCGGCCCCAGAACCUGCGCUUCUACUCAUGCUGCAGAACUACGACCAGUUCUGCUUUAGGCAAGUCCCUUGCCACCCGCAGCCUCCACGAGGGGUGAUCGUGUCCUGCCGGACCCCCAACAAGAAGGGGGAGAAAGUGCAUGGGGGGCAGUGACCCGCCACGUCGGACAGUCCUGGGAGGGGUUCACUGAUGCUGCGGGAUGACCGGGGGCCCCAGGCCGCGUCGGGCACCCUGGGAGCCCGCGUCUCCCUGUGGCCAGGACACCGACUUCCUUUCAGCUUCAGUGUGCAGCCUGUUAGCCCGGGAGAUAAUGGGACAUGAAGGACAAGAUUUCUAGUCAA